AUGGAUGACAUCGCCGCUUCCCACGAGAAGACCUCCCGCGAGGCUGCGUCCGCAGAGGAAGAGAUCGUUGGCCGUAUCGAGAAUGUCUCAAAGCCGGAGCAUAACUGGAUGCUAUACCACGAUGUCGACCAGGCGUUGGAAGAUGCAAUCUCGGCAAAUAAGGAGGCAAUUGGUAUUAUCGGAGCUAUUAUGAUGCUUUUCCGCAUGACUGAGGAGUUGCAAAGGCCUAAUUUUGCUGAUGGUCAGGGUGUUACCAGAGCACAGGCAUUUCGGGAGCUCGCCACUGCGUCUUCUUACGUCAAUGCAGGAGUCGUAGCGCAGAAUGUUGGUCUCCUUGUGGGAGCACUGUUCUGGGGCUUUGGCGCCGAUAUUCUAGGAAGACGGCUGGCGUUCAACCUGACGCUCUGGAUCACUUCUGUGGCCAUGGUCGUGGCGGGCGCAGCGCCCAAUUUUCCGUUUUUGGGCGCCUUUCUCGCAUUGUCUACCUUCGGGUCCGGUGGAAACUUGAUCCUUGAUCCGACAGUCUUGCUCGAGUUUCUUCCAGGCGACAAGCAAUGGGUUGUCACCACCCUGGCCGGGUGGUGGGGUUUUGGGCAAUCCAUCACAGGAUUUGUCGCCUGGGGCUUCAUGACACAAAGUCGCUGGAACUGCUCCGACAGCGAUGACUGUGGGUGGUCUAACAAUGCUGGUUGGCGAUACACUAUGUUUACCUGUGGCGCACUUGUUUUUGUUCUCUCGAUACUCCGUGUCACGGUAGUUCGCCUCGUGGAGACGCCCAAGUUCCUCCUCACUGCUGGGCGAGAUGCGGACUUGGUGAAGUACUACCAAGAUCAGGCUCGCAAGUACAAUAGGCCCUGCUCACUCACAUUGGAGAAACUUGAAUCAUGCGGGCAGGUUCGCUUGACGCAAAGGGAAGGAAAGACAUUUAUCCUCAGCGAUAUCAGGGGACAUGUGGAGGGCCUCUUUGUCUCGCGCAAGAUAACUUUGAGCACCAUUUUGAUCUGGUUGUCCUGGGCCAUCACCAGACUGGCUUAUCCGUUGUUUUACGUGUUCUUACCGGCGUAUCUGACAACUCGAGUGCCCGGUAAGCCUGUCUCGCAGUUCGAGACGUACCGAAAUCUGACACUGACAACAAUUUCUGGAAUUCCCGGGUCCCUUAUUGCCGGCUACCUCGUUUCGACAAGACUGGGACUUAAUAAUCUUUACUCGCGAAACAUAAGUUGUUCAUGCAAAGUUUGUAUUCUAACUUGCGGCAUAAACAUCUACUACAGCACUUUCUACGCUUAUACCGCCGAGGUCUUCCCCUCGGCACAUCGCGCGACAGGGAGCGGGAUCGCAGUGGCCUUCAAUCGGCUCAUGGGCAUCGUGUCAGCCUUUGUGGCUUCAUCUGGCAACACUGCUACAGCUGUGCCGCUUUACGUGUGUGCAGCUUUAUUCGGUAGCUUGGCUUUGAUCGCAGCUGUGUUCGCCUUCGAGCCGAAUGGGCGCCGCAGCUCUUGA